CUGCCUUUUUGGCAGCACAUCCAUCUCGACGAAUUCCGUAUUGCCACCCACUCCGCCUGCAGCUCCACCGGUGAAGAACGAUGCCUGCCGACCAGUGCUGCAGCGCGUCUUCCCAGCGGCUUCCACCUCGAAACGACACUGGAUGAGGCCAACACGGUCACGGCCGAGGCUGCAAGAAGAGCUGGUGAAGGACGUCUACAUCAACACAGCGCUGGCAGUGAAUCGCCACCUCCGCCAACCUCAUCUCGCAGGACGAGCUCUCAACAGUGCGGUUGCAGAGGCAGGGGCGUGAGAGCUGCGGCAACAGGGGUUGGAGACAGCGGUGAAGGAGGCGCUCACCUCGAGACAGCGCCGCCGGCCCCCGCAGCAAUCGGGGACGGCAACGAGCUCGUGAUUACAAGGGCAGGUGCAGGAUGGACUGAGGCAGAGACGAAUGCGUCGGGGACAUUCAGAUCAGAACAGCGACGUCCCGCGUCCACAGCGCCAUCGCAUCAGCACACCUGCUCAACAGUCUCCGCAGCACCAAGAAGCACACCAGCAUCGCCGGCCCCGCUCUUCUACUACCCCCAGCCUUGCCGGCACCGAGAAGCGCCAUCUUCCUUCGAUGCCCGCAGCUUCCGCAUACAAGAAGCGCAAUCACGCCUUCCUCGAUUUCCGCCGCCCACAAUGUCUCCUCUUUACAAGACGAGCCCCGCCACAUCAACGCCGCAACGUCUCUACCUUUUUGCGCUGAUGGUGAAGGAGCAGGAUGAGGAGAGCAGAAGUACUUGGGCAACACGUAGCGACUCGCCAGCCUCGCGGUGAAUUGACAACACGGCGUCUCCUAACUGUAUCUACAUUGGAGUUUUUAAAAAACUCCAUAGAAAAUCUACUAAAACCUC